GAGGAGGAGGAUUGUCUCGACCUUGGAGUUUGACGUACAGCAGCAUGGCGAGCAAGGAGCCCAACCGCUUCAUCCAGCACCUGAGGGAUCUGGCAGGCCGGAUGUCUUCAUCCGGUGGGAAAGGAGCAGGAUUAGGACUGAAGCUGCUGAUCGGAGCUGGUGCUUUGGCAUAUGGCGUUAAAGAAGCUACCUACACAGUGGAGGGUGGUCACAGAGCCAUCAUCUUCAGCAGGAUUGGAGGGAUGCAGAUGGACACUGUUCUGGCUGAGGGGCUGCAUUUCAGGAUCCCAUGGUUCCAGUAUCCUAUCAUCUAUGAUAUCAGAGCCAAACCCAGGAAGAUUUCCUCUUUGACUGGCAGCAAAGAUCUGCAGAUGGUAAACAUAGCAGUGCGGGUGUUGUCCAGACCCCUGGCAUCCAACCUGCCGGUCAUGUACCAACAGCUGGGGAAGGACUACGAUGAGAGAGUCCUGCCCUCUAUUGUCAACGAGGUCCUUAAGUCAGUUGUGGCAAAGUUUAACGCCUCGCAGCUCAUCACACAGAGAGCACAGGUGUCGCUGCUGGUGCGCAGGGAGCUGUUUGAGAGAGCCAGAGACUUCAACAUUAUUCUGGAUGACGUGGCCAUCACUGAGCUGAGCUUCAGCAGCCAGUACACUGCCGCUGUGGAGGCCAAGCAAGUUGCCCAGCAAGAGGCCCAGAGAGCCCAGUUCUAUGUGGAGAAAGCCAAACAGGAUCAGAGACAGAAGAUUAUCCAGGCUGAGGGAGAGGCGGAAGCUGCCAGAAUGCUGGGCUUAGCAGUGACUAAGAACCCUGGUUACCUGAAGCUGAGGAGAAUCAGAGCGGCGCAGAACAUCGCGAAGACGGUGUCAACAUCUCAGAACAAGGUGUACCUUAAUGCUGACAGUUUAGUCUUGAAUCUACAAGACAAGGAAUUUUUAAAGAUCCUGGACCAAAAGAAGUGAUGAAGAGGACACAGAGAACGGCAGAAGAGCCGUCUCUGUUAGUAAUUUGAUCUGAACAUACAUGACUGUGGACAAUUGUGAAUGUGGACAACAAAAAAAGAAGCUUCUGUUUUGUUUUUUACUCUGUAUUUGGGAUUGGCCUGUAUUAUCCCCAAAGUUCAUCAAUGAAUUAUUGUAGUGGAACAAAAUUGUGAUCUCAUUUCAACUUUACAAUCAACGAAUCAGUAACUGAAUUAAGCAGAACGUGAGUCUUGCUGGGGUCAUUUGUGACUAAGAAUGAAUGCAGCAAAACUUCAAAAAUUUGGCAGCGUCCUCUGUUAGGAGCAGCUGAUCGGUCAAACGAGGCAUGAGACAUCACCACAGCACCGUCCUCAGUGCCAGUCUUCCUCCUCCUGGUCCCUCCAGGUUUGACCCAGCUCCGUAUGUUUGGUGAUGUGUGUGACUCACACAGUAAGACUAAUAAUGCAGCCACCAAGUUAAUACAACCUAAUUUAUCUGUCAAUAAACUUUUAUCAUGA